AUGUCCGCUCCAGCCCCCAUUACCCACUUCACCGGUACGCAGGUCGCCAUUGUCACAGGCGCUGCCCAAGGUAUAGGCAGAGCCAUCGCCUUACGCCUCGCCGAAGAUGGCCUCGAUAUUUGUGUGGACGACCUCCCUUCGAAAAUUGACCUCUUGAAUGAAGUCGUCGCUGAAAUAAAGCAGCUGGGUAGAAAGGCAAUCGCCCUUCCUUGCGACGUAACCAAAGAACAAGAGGUCAAGGAUCUGGUAGAAAAGACAGUGGCUCAGCUCGGAAGACUGGAUGUGAUGGUCGCAAAUGCCGGAAUCGCGUUCCCAAGCAGCAUCAUGGAAGCGAAUAUCGAUCAAUGGGAGUCCAUUUGGGCGGUCAACAUGCGCGGGCCAGUACUCUGCUACAAGUAUUCCGCCAUCCAAAUGGCAAAGCAAAAUUCUGGGGGCCGUAUUAUUGGUAAAAAAGCCACAAACAUUAGGCGUUUCGAUUCAAACGCCAAAAUAACGUCCUUCUAUAGGUGCCUCGUCAAUUUGCGGAUUGCAAGGCUACGCCAAUCUCGGAGCAUAUUGCAUGUCAAAGGCAUCAGUUCGUUCGUUAACCCAGACAGCAUCAAGUACGGAAUAACAGUCAACGCAUACGCGCCUGGAAUCAUUGAGACCGAAAUGACAACACACCCCUUGGACAAAGACCUUGGGGAACCAUGCGCUGCUCUCAAACGCACAAUGAAUAUUCCACAUGCAAAGGUCGGUCAGCCAGAGCAGGUGGCAAGCCUCGUAUCGUAUCUCGCUUCUCCCGAGUCCCAUUUUUUGACCGGUCAAACAAUUUCUGUUAAUGGGGGCGUGGUAUUCAACUAG